GUAAAACAUUGAAAGUUAAAAAAUUAUGGUUUGAAAUCAUGUAUAAUUUUAAAGUUAAUCUAGCAUUAUGAGGUGAAAAAUUGAAAGGUUUUCGAAGAUCAAUGCUCAGUUGUAUGUGACAAUCUUUUUACAUAGUUGGUAACUGUAAAAAUCAAGUUUGCCUGUUAUAAAUGCUCUUUUUUCCCCGUCGAUUUUAUGUACUUUUCCAAGAAUCGUCCUAAUUUCCUUUCCGAAGUCAAAUGAACAGCGAUAUACUUAUCCAGCCUUCAUUAAAGAUUGGUUUUCUCCUUUUCAUUUACGACGAUUCUUGACCACAAAUCCUUAAAAUCCCACCAAUGUCCACUUGUUCAUCUUCAUUUGCUGACGUCAUUUCAACUUGAGCGUGGUGCCUACUGUCACGGGGACCAUGAAGGUAGGUAGGGUUUCGACGGCGAGAGGAACUUCGAUGGAUCUCGCAAAAUGGAAAUGAGAUCUUGCCCAGAAUCUUUGUCGUGAUAAUAUCCUCCAAUUUGUUUAUCUAACAUGUGCGUGUAUUUAUAUCAGUGGGUUUGUAAGUGCUUUCCAACUGCAGGAGCUAUCACCGACAAGAAAUUCCUUGUCUCGCUCCAACUGUAAUGCCUUCUUAUUGGGCCCCUCUGUAGACCAAAACAAUGUCUUCCCCGACAACAGUGCAGAGUUGUUUAGUUCUCGGGUGUCUUAAUGAACUGUUAUGUCUUCCGCGAUAAGAUGGGUUAACUCCCUCAGUCGCAAACAAUUAUCAAAAACUCAAAGUGCGUUCUAGUUUAUUUUGAAAAAUGUCAUUUUUAAGUGGCUUGAAGAAAGUGCUUCAUCUCGGGAGCAAUGAGGCGAAGAAGAAAAAAGUGUUCAACAAUAUCCGCAUGGACUGCGAUCCAGAGGAAUUUUGGGAAAUGAUCGGUGAGCUCGGUGAUGGAGCCUUCGGAAAAGUUUACAAGGCCCAGCAUCGGACAACCAAGCAGCUGGCGGCUGCUAAAAUGUGUGCUAUAGAAGGCGAAGAUGACCUGUCAGAUUUCAUGAUCGAAAUCGAUAUUCUCUCAGAAUGCAAACAUGACAACAUAGUGCAACUUUAUGAAGCAUUUUUCCUAACCGGGAAGCUAUGGAUGUUAAUCGAAUACUGUGAUGGAGGUGCCUUAGAUUCUAUUAUGGUCGAGUUAGAGAAACCUUUGACAGAACCACAAAUAGCGUACGUCUGCAAGGAAAUGUGUAAAGCACUAACGUUUUUACACGCCAACAAGGUGAUUCAUCGUGACUUGAAGGCUGGCAAUGUUCUACUUACAAUGGAUGCAGGCGUCAAGAUCGCCGACUUUGGAGUGUCAGCAAAGAACAAGUUGACGCUGCAAAAACAUGAUACAUUCAUUGGAACACCGUACUGGAUGGCCCCUGAGGUCGUGCUGUGUGAAACGUUUAGAGAUAACCCCUAUAAUUUUAAGGUGGACAUUUGGUCUUUAGGAAUUACUCUGAUAGAAUUUGCUCAAAUGGAACCCCCGAACCAUGAAAUGUCGCCGAUGCGUGUUUUGCUCAAAAUUCAAAAGUCUGAUCCACCAAAGCUAGACCAGCCGUCGAAGUGGUCAAAAGAUUUCAAUGAUUUCAUUUCAAAAGCACUGAUCAAAGAUCCUAGUCAACGUCCCACAGCGGAUGAUUUAUUGAAGCACUCAUUUAUAAGCAAAAAUCUAGACUCUAAACCAAUUCGAGAUUUGCUGCUCGAGUACAAAGCGGAAGUCGUCGAAGAGGAAGUUGUAGACGACGAGACGGAUGAGCACCGCAUGUCUCAACUAGCUCCCCUGGAUUUGGACAAUGGCGAAGAUGACACUGUGUCAGUUCGCAGUGAUCAAGAUCUUAAAGAUGACACUGAUGCUGGAGAUGCGAAGAAGAAUGCGGAAGUUGAAGAGAUGGACAGGAGAAAAUCAAAGCUUAUCGAAGAAGCGAAUGCUAAAUUGUCUAAUGAAGAAACUACUAAUAAUUCUUCAGCAGCCAAAUUUGCCGACAGGAAACCGGUAUCUAAGAAAUCAGAAGGGAAUGAAAAAAGGUUUUCUCGGGACAAAGGGCCCGCCCCACCACCGCCCCCAGUGGCGGUCGCCAAAAUAGAUGAAACUGAAACACCAGCCAAAUCCGAAGAAAAAUCCUCGAAAGACCAAUCUUCCAACAAUACCGAGACUGAAUCAACGUCUAGCAAACUGAGUUCAUCACCAGAGUCGCAAAAAGCAAAGCAAGGCGCGGAGGAAAAAUCCAAAGACGCGAAAGAUAAAGCGAAAGAAAGUCCGAGAGAGAAACUCAGCAAAACGUCGAGUCAAUUGAAUAUUAAUGAAGAAAAACCCAGUGUUAAUGAAAAAAAGAGCUCAGAGAACAAAUUAGCUAAACCAGAGAAAGAUAUUGAGAAGAAAAAAUUAGUUGACGAGAGUAAAAAGCCCAGCAAGGAGGAGCUUAAACCAGAAAUUGAAACGGAGAAACAUGAUGCUGUACCUGCCACUACAUCUGUCACACCAGUUCCACCUGUCGUUCCACCUGUCUCUACACCUGUCACACCAGUCCCACCUGUCACGAAUGUGACAUCUGCGACGCCGAUACCGAUCAAGUCAUCAGACAUGAAUGGCGUGAUCAGCUCGGCGGUAGAAAUCAAAGAGGAGUACGCUCCACCAACGAGGAAACGGAGCUCGUCGAUUUCGAAUCGCAACCAACGGAGAGCAACCCCGCCAUCACUGGACAGUGUUCUGAUGCAAACAGAAGGUCAGUCAUGGAAGAACAAAGAGCAGCCACAAAUUCAUAAUGUACCUGUUAAGCUACUAAACGAUGAGCAUUGCGUUGCCGAGACCAACUUUAUUCCAAGUGAUAACGAGUCAACAUCGGCAUAUGGGAAGGAUAGAGUUGUUGAUGGUGUUACUUUAGUGGACGUUGACACUGCGUCAACGACAUGUGUUUCAAUCAAAGGUGCACGAGAAGAGGCUGAUGGUGAGGAGAUGAAUUCGUCAUCAAACUGGUUGCGGCUGCAUAGCUCAGAGGCGCUCGAGUCAAACAUAACUGUCGUGACAACGACUCACCCACCUGCCAUCCUGACGCAUCCAGCAACCAGCACACCCUCUAGACAACAGCCAAACAGAGCCGCAACUCCCAAUAGUCAAGUUAUAAUUGUAUCAAACGAACUCAACAAAACACAGGUGGACGAUGCUGCAACAGACGAUGACAUCACUGUUGUGAGCCGCUUACAAGCUGGCGAAUCGCCAGCUGAAAUGAGUCAUGUUUCUGUCAUUACAGUGGGUGAAAACACUACUCCUCAGAGGAGGAUACAGGACAACUCGUUUUGGACUUCUGAAGCAGAUAAAGCAGAUGACAGCAAUGUGAAAAACCAAAGCACAUCAAUAAUCCUCUCUGGCGGUGAGCCCCCCAAAGCGACGCACACUACGAAAAAAGUCAACGGCAUCGAAACAUCGGACUCAGAAGAAGUGGUCAUUGUAGUCAACAACCAAACAACAAACAUUCCAGAUAAAGAGAAGGAAAAACCCUUGCGCGAAAAGAGGGUUUCCCCAACUCAAUCAGGUUCUCACUCGGACACAGGUUCUGUUCGGAGCCACACACCCCCUUCGGCCGCGAGCACACGAACCCUCGACCGCUCGGAUGCAGAAAGCGUGUCCACAACAACCAGUCAAGACUCGCGAGGAAGCAACAAAGAAAACCGCCCUGACCGAACGGAAGAAGAAGCACCUCCACGCCGUAAACCAGAAUACUCGCGUCAAGAGACAAAUCGAUCUAGUCGCUCAAUGUCAAAAGAGGAAAUAGAGCUGCGCAACCUUAAGCGUAAGACACGGAAACGCACGCGGAAAUUCGAAAUCGACGGUGUCAUCGUCACCACCACAACAAGUAAAGUGAUCUACGGUGACGAGGAGAAUGGCAAGUCGUAUGAUGAUCAAAUUUUCCGCAAGCAAGAGCUGCGAGAACUUAAAAUGCUUCAGAAACAGGAGCAAAAGCAGUUUCAGGACUUAUCGUUUAAAGCUUUGUUCGCCAAGGACCAACAAGAGAAGCGAUUCGAACAAGAAAGAGUCAAUUUGGUGCGUCAGUACGAGGCAGACUUAGAUAGUCUGCUGAGGCAGCAAAGGCAACUAGUCGAGAAGGCAGAACAACAGCAAGAGCAAGACUUGAGGAUAGUUUCAAAGAAAAUCCGUGCUGACCAAGAGCGGGAGUUGAAAGAGUUCCGCGAAAGGCUCAAGCAAGAGCUGCGAUUACUCAAACAAGAGAUCGACUUAAUGCCCAAGGAGAAGCGAAAAAGUCUGUUCAAGGAUCGCAAAGAGAAACUUGAAGCCGAGCAUGAAGAACGUGAAAAACUAUUUCUGGAGAAAUUGAACGAGAACCAUGAAGCGUCUCUACGGCGGCUGAGUGAAUCGCACCGGGAGAAGAUUGCGCUGAUGGAGCGUCAGUGUCUACAGCAAAAACAGCAGCUCAUGCGGGCUCGCGAGGCUGCAUUGUGGGAGAUGGAAGAGCGUCAGAUUCAUGAGAAACAGCAGUUGGCCAAGCGACAGUUAAAGGAUGGGUUUUUCCUUCAGAGGCAUCAGAUGCUGAUUCGUCAUGAAAAAGAACUUGAACAAAUGAAAAGGAUGAACUCUCGGAAAGAAGAAGAACUGAUCAAACGGCAAGCAUCAGAGCGGAGAGCGCUGCCAAAACGGAUUCGAUCGGAAAUGAAAGCGCGUGAGAUGAUGUUCAGAGAGUCAAUUCGUAUCAGUAUGGCGUCCAACCCCGAUUCGGAAGUUGAACGAAAUAGGCUAAGAAAGUUUCAAGAAAAUGAAAAGAAAAGGUACAAAGCUGAAACGCUGCGAUUCGAGCUGAAACAUCAAAGGCAGCUAGAAGAGCUGAGAGCAGCCUCUGAAACGACCAUCAAAGAAUUGGAACAGCUUCAAAAUGAAAAAAGAAAAAUGCUGAUGGAACACGAGACCAUCAAACUGAAAGAACAAGAAGAGCAGUACAGUCGAGAGCUCAAGGAGUGGAAGAGUCUGUUGAAACCAAGGAAGCAGAGGUUAGAGGAGCAGUUUGCAAUGCAGCUUGAAGAACAAGAAGCCUUAUUUGGUCCGAUGCAGUUGCCCUCCGACUUAUCUGAGCUUCCGCCAAGUCAUUCGCCUUAUUAUCGAGGCUCUACACGGAGUAGCAUCUCCUCAGUUUCGCCAGAGUAGUAACCCCUCGGUCGAACAUCUGUAUUAUUCAUAGCACUCGCCAAAACUUCCCGCUGAUUUUUGCAGUUCUAGUGAUUUUAUUUGCGGUACAAUCAGCAUGGUCUUUGAUUGCACUGUGUUGCAGAGAUUAGUCAAAAAGUUUUUUCUUUGUUAAGGCACUGUUUGGAAAUUCAUAGUUUCCACUUUAUAAUACAUUUAAUUGAAAUUCAACAGAAAAAGCAAUAUUAGGUACGUAUCAGGUAGCUGAAUUUCAGGAAAUUUCAUGAGGUUUUUUUUCUAUUUUAAGGCUAGAACUUUUUUGAUCCAUUCGGUCACCUGAUACAAAUAGGUGAGCGCUGUUUUCUCAUCAGGACUAAGUCACGCUUGCUGAGUGCGCUAUUCGCCAGGACUUUUUGUACAGAAUUGAAAAAAUUGUUAAAAAUAUUUUUGAUUAUUGUUCUAAAGUAAUUAAGUAACUUGCUAGAAUUAUUUUGAUUAUUUAUAAUAGAUUUUUAUUUAUUUAUUUUUAUGACUUGCAUGCUUUGUUUUGUUACUAUCAGGAAAAUUUUUAUUCAUACCUCCGUAAGUAAUCUUACGUUGAUUCUGUAUUUUGUAGAUCUCCGCUCAGCCGGUAGCCCAACUCGUAAGUGUUGUAAGGGGAAUUUUCUCACUUCAAGUUCAGUCGAAGCCUUUUUGUAGUUGAAUUUUCGCGCUUAACUCGCUCAGGUCUUUUUUUUUUUGUAGUGAAAUCUUUUGAAUUUAUCCACAUCAGAGGUACAAUUUUUAAGUUUUAAGCGCUCUGACCUCAACCAGGACGAUUCUUUCGAUCCAUCGCCUUAAUAAUUUUUCUCACUUUUGUGUGAAGAACUAGCAAUCAAUGUCGUAAAAAUCAGUAACCUUGUACCAGCAACUGCAGCUAAAAUUCAUCCAGUAAUGCUGAAAUUUAAAAGAGCGGCUUAUAAGAGUGCACUCCAACAGAAAUCAACAUUAAAAUUUUGUUUGUACAAUUAGGUCUUUCAAAAUCUCAAAAAUAGCAAGAUCAGCAAAAUCACCAAAUCAUAAGAAGAAAAAAAUUCAGAUUUUGCAAUGCUUCUUUGUCAGGUAGAACUAAAAAAUAAUGGCAAAGCAAGGAGCAAAAAACUGUACAAAACAACAAUUUAAGUAAGUCACACUGCUCAUAUCACUAUCGAUAUUUAUGGAGUGUCAUUUGCAUGGAAAUUAUCGAAUAUUCAUUCCCAAUAUUUCCAAAUGGCGACAUGCCUUGACUUGAGUUUUGAUUCUGCGCAGUAAUACAAAGUCUACAUCUUCAAUAAUUCAAAUCAACAGGUGAAAGAUUCCGUCAUAAAUUUUGGUCAAAGUUGUCAGUUGAGUGAUCGUUUUAUCCAUCAAACUUGACAAUGAAAUCGUGCCUCAAUUCAUCAAGGAGCAAGUAGAAUGUCUCUGGUAUUCCUGCGCUUAGCCUAGAUACGUAGUGUCAUCUGUGCAGAUUUAUGUUAAAUUAUGGUGCUAGCAAUAUUAGUGGUAGUGAGGAGAGAAUUUCGUACCAUUUACCAAGAUUUUCCAGUGCCCCAAAAUUACGUAGCGCUGAUUCUCUUUUUUCUCAACCACUCUCUCCUCUGUAGGUCUCUUAAAAUAUGGAUCAGUUCAAAGCCCCCCAAUCUAGAUGGUCAUUUUUUUUUUUUUUUUUUUUUUUUUUUGUGAAGUGAAAGAACGCUCCGAAGUUUUUUCCGAAGCCAAAAAAUUGGGAUGAAGUGGCAUUCUUAACAGCUUGCUUUGAGUAAAAAUUACCAAGAAUAAUGUAAGAAGAAGUUCUUGUUUUUUGUGAGAGGUAUAAAAUCCACUUUUUAUAUCUUCAAAUCAAUGUAACACAAGGAAGAUUAGUGUUGUUUUGGUUGACUGACAUUUGGUUUACAACUCAUCUCAGUAAGCAGUAAGUAGUUAAGCACAGUUUUGAAUGGAUGAGCCUUAAGAUUUUGAUGAAUGGAUCGUGAUGUGACUCAAAAUGGUCGAGAUUGACCUAUAAUUUUUUAAGAUGCAAAAAGUCAUUUGAUUCAAAGUAACAUUUUUUGACCAUUAUCCUUUUUGAAGAUAAUGUGCCUACUCAUCAGAUGUAAUUUUUUGUAUUUUCCUCUCGGCAACCCCUUUUACACAAGGAUUGUAUUGCUAUACCUGUUUCACUCAAGACCAAGCAGAAGCUCUUACUGCAUAAUUUAUGAAAUAUCUUUACCAACUUCGAUUUAGAAUGAUUUUGCCGCAGAAAUGUUGCGAUCAUAUCUUGCAUGAAAGUCUUUUAAUCCAACUCAAAAAUCUUAUCGAACUUUAAUGUUUUCAAAUAACUGCAAGCCCUCAGCACACAUUGUAACGAAUGAAGGAAAAACUUAAAGAAUAUCACUAAAAUGUAUACAAUAAAAGAAAAAUAAUUCAAAACUAGGUAUCCACAUGUCUGCAAAAUAAUAGAAAUGUACUCACUUAUUGAAAGUCUCAAGGACCAAGAUUAUUUCCUGUGGGAAGCACAAUGGGUAACUAGACGAGAUACACAUUAGAACAUGACGAAACAUGUUUUCUCUUCAAAAUUUCACACAGAAAACGAAUCACAUAACAAGAAGUCUAAAAAUCAACUACUGAACAAGAUAUCACUGUUAACUAUUAACGUUGGUUGAAUGGCGUGGAUGCAAAUUAGAGGUGUGGUCAGCAAAAUAUUUUACUUUUGGUUGGCAAGCGCCAACGACGAAUUUGGGCCUCUGCAUAAAGCGGCACUCACUACUAUCCACCUUGAAAGCAUCCGGCUCAUGAUCGUAUCGCAAAAGAACUACUUAUCAGUUACGAUUCGCAACUUUUAUGUGGUUGUGAUUUCUGUGUGGCUAAAAAUUUAAGUGUUACAAGGUUUGAAAGUAUAAAAAAACUUUUCCAAGCUUGUGUUCUUGCUUCUGCUAAAGUCGAAUGUUUUCAUAUAGAUAGUGGUGACGCGAAAACGCUUGCAAACUGUAAGUAAACAACUGUCAACUUAGCUGACGACUCCUCUACAUCAUUUGUAUGAUCUAACUUCUAUUUGAUCUAUGUUAAAAAUACUUGUUAAUAUCUCGUUCAGGGGUUGGUCUCCGAACCUCUAGUUGUUUGGAUCGUUUUCUGCAUAGAAAAUAUAUGACUUUUUUUCUAAUUAAAAUGUCGUCCAUUGGCCCACCAUGAGAACUCCAACGAGGUCGAAGUAUGUGCGAUCCAAUUUAACUGGCUGUUUCCCGAAGUUUGCGCAUCUUAGUUCGGGACUAGUAUUAUCAUAAAUGUGCUUAAGCCAUCUAUUGUAAUGUGUGUUUACAUAUUUCUUUGAAUGUAACACUCCUAAGCUAUCCAAAAUAUUUAAUUCUACUCAAAAUUAAGUGUUGUAAUUUUUGGUACUCACGCACAGGCAAUCUUCGUCGGAUGUUUGCUUACUUGGUGCGCGAGCCUUAGUAUGUUCCUAGGAAGGAUUUAUGUUUUAAUCGUAUCAGAGUCUUCCCUUUUUUGGUCAUCCUCAUGAAUUUCUGCACUCUCCACUCUAUUCUAUUCCCAAGUUCCUUAUUUUUUGCCUCUAUUUUUACACGUGUUAUGCAGAGAGGUAAGAUUUUACUCUUGCCCAUCGUUUUCUAUGAAUAGCUGCCACCAUGUAUUGUUAGUCUUUAAUCAUUUAUCCCUUCUUUACUCGUAAACUGCAUCUACUUACUCACCAAUCCUUAUUUAUCAGCUAAUUUGACUGUAUUUUGCAAUAAGGAACUACAAUUUCUGACUACCUGUCUGCAUACCUGUUUUGACCUUUUGUCUUGACAUCCGUCUGCAUAGGGAAGGGAAGCAAGUGGCUCAUAUGUUGUUUUUAUAAUGAGCCAAAAGUUCUAGUUUCUAAUUGCAAAUUUUAAUCCAAUUGGGAGACAGAAAAAGAAAGUAACAUAGCAGUAUUGAUCAGAAUGUAUUUGCCUCCCGUGAAAGAAUAGGAAAAAGAAAGAAAGAAAAUUUGAGAACAUUUUCAGUGGGUCAGGUGUGUGUUUGAGAGAAUUUGAUUACAUUUUGAAAUUAGGCCUCACCAUUUCAUGUCACUCACGAAAGCACUCAUCUGUAUGGGGAAACCAAUGAUACAUAUUUUGUUUCUGAAAUUAGUCAGAAAGAGUAGUCCCUUAUUGCAAAAUGUAGUCUAAGUGUUACAUGAUAGUUUAAUCUUGCAACUAGGUGAAAAUAAUGGAAUCUACCCAAAGCCAUAUGGAUCGCCAAAUGCGGAAUAUGUAUAUCUCACCUGGAUCGUUUAAAAAUCUGCGAGUAUUUUCCCUUUUUUUUUUUUUUUUAAGGGAAACUAACCAAAAUUUUUACUUACUAUCUAUAUCAUUUUUGUAGAAUGAGUUAAAAUAAUUAACAGGAAAUGUCAACAAAAACUGUUGGCUAGUUUUCCUCCAAAAAAUAAACAGAACACAAGCUGAGACCUAUGAUUUAGCAAUCUCUGAGACACAUUUUUGGACUUAGGGCAUUGAUAUGCUGAAAAUGUAUCCAAUUUUAUGUCCAAUACUAACAUGAUCCUUGCCCUUAAAGUAAGUAGUGGUUAGUUAAACGUCAGGUUCUAAAAAGCUCCAUCUUUUUCCACAUAGGUGUUGAAACUUAGCAUUUGGAGAGAUGAAAUGAAUUUUACAGUCUCUCUGUAAAAUUGAAUCGUAAAAAAAUGAUUUUCUGCUUGGGACAUCUGAGCUAACAAAGCCUACAGUAAGAAAUUGAGGUUCUUCCCUCAUUAGAUUGGUGGAGAUUCAAGUCAGUGCUAAAUUUUGAUGAGCAUCUAAUUUUAUAUUAAUACUCAGCUAUGGUUCUCACCUUGUCUAACAUUGAAUUAGAUGGACCCUUUCUAUUUGUUGUUAAUUUUAAGUGCUUUUAUGAUUCAUAUAUCUCCUUGCAUUUGAAUCUUACAGUAUGCAUUGGGCCUAAAUUUGUCACAACAUAAGAAAUCAAGGCGGAUCAUGCCAAUAUUUUGUAAGAUAACUCAAUUUUUCUUUGCAUUGUCUGGAAGAUUUGUUGAAAAUUUUGCUUCAGUAGAUGUUCGGGUGAUAUUUUGUGACUACAUUCUUAGUGUAGUAAGAUUUGCUCAGAAAGAAAAGAAAAUAUGUAGCCAAAAAUUUUAUUUUUGUACAUUCUGCUGUUGUCCUGUACAUAACACUCCAUCGCCAGUUUUGAAAGAUUUUUGCCCUGUCACAACUGAAUUGUUUUUAGAGCAGAAGGUAUAUUUUUCAAGAGUUCAUAUUUAGGCUCAGAUACAAGGUACUCUGUCAAAACUUACUAUCAUUGAUAUCUGUAGUUUAUUGCUGCAUUAAUUUGUCUUUAUUUUUGUUUUGUCACUGGUUUUGAAAAAGUUUUCUUAAUCAGAACUUUCCUUCAAAAGUCUCCCUCCCUAGUUCUAGAAUUAGUUAACAGAAAGUUGACGAAAUGAUUGAUAGCUAGCUAAACCUGAUUGGCAACCAAGAAGUGUCACAAAUGUCAGAUCAUGGACUUGUGUUUCAAUCAGCGUACGCCCUCAGAAAUGAUACUCUGAAUUAAGAGGCAAACAAUAAACCACUGGACAGGGUUUGAAUUUAAGUUAAUGUUGAAGUCCUCAGUAGAAUAUGUCAAAAAAAAGUACUCACAAGUAUUCUGGCUUUUGUUUUCCAAUUUUUUGUAGAUGCGGUAUGGGGUGUAUAGGGGGCGAAACAUGUCUGCGAUAAAUUGGAAAACAAAGGGAAGAAUGCUCUUGAGUAAUUUUUUUUAAAUUAAGCGCUCUGUUAAAUGCUAUCUCUUUAAAAUGUUACAUAAAACACAAUUCUUGCAAUGAAAAUUAAUGAAAUUAACUCCUAACCAAGAUAUUAACAUUUUCAUUUAGCACUGGUCACAAAAAAUUUGAAUUUCCUGCUCAUGAGAAAAACCAGAAUCCACACGAAUCAAAUCGUACACUAAAACGGUUUUGACAGGACUCUUAAUCCAGCAGUGUUCCUUCCUCGUUUUGCGCCGUUCAAAGUCUGAAAAACGUUCAACAGCUGAGUCGAGGUGCCAAAAGUGAGGCUGUCACAUUUUCAUCCCACAGACUUUUACAGCAAUACUUUGCGUGUGAUUUAACUCAAGCAGAUUAUAGUUUUUAUUUUUUAAUAGCAGGAAGCUUGAAUUUAUGCCCCGAAAAACGUCAGUAUCUUGAUUAGGUGUUACCUCCAAUAAUUCCCAUCAUGAAGAAUUUUUGACGAGAAAACAGAAUAUAAUUGUUGAAUUUGCACCUCGUCUAGUGGUCUAUUGUAAGCCAACAACAAUUAAUGCAAUUUUCAAGCUCUUUUCAAAAAUAUGAAUUGACUUGGAACUUGUGAAAUGAUUACCAAAUUAGCAUCAAUAUCUGAGUGUGAAAAAAAAAUGAUAAGAAAGACGAAAAGUUGAAGGAUGCAAGCAAUAACAGAUCCUUUUCCAACUUCAGUAACUGCCGAAUUAAAAUCGAGGAAGAGUGUUCAGUUUCUGAGCAGUAUGUCCGGCAUGUAUAAUAUAUCACCGGUCUUACCUCUCUAUAAAAACGAUUUUUAAUUUUUUUUUUUUUUCGAUUAUCAUUAGUUUUGCUCAGAAUAAGCUCUAAUUUUAGUCUCAUCCAAUUUAGUAAUAUAAUCCGAUCUUCAAUUCUGAGCCUCGAAUUCGACUAACCCUUUUUGGGGGAUUAACACCAAUAUUCGUCGGCUGCCCUAAUCAAAAUUAUGCAAGAUCAGCUCCAUUCCUUAGUUUUUUCAGUUAGAAAGGUUGCAAUUGGACGUAUUUCUAUCAAACGGACUAUGUGCAUAAUGACGUGAGCCCUGAUAUACACAUAUUCUUAUGGGUCUCAGGGCUCAUGUCUUAAUGCACAUAGUUCCGUUUGAUAGAAAUAUGUCCAAUUGAUCAGACACGAAAUUAAAGUGUGACAUGUUUCCCUAGCGUAAUGUAAUUUUAUCCAUGUAAGUAACUGUUAUUUUUACUUUGAAUUUUCGGAUGUAAUCAGCUGUACAUAAUGUUAUAUUUGUAUUUUUAUUAUCAAACUGUUAUCUUUGUAACAACUCAAUCUUCCUUCCUUUUACCAUCCUCAAUCAAUUUUUAACUCUAAUGUUGAAGCUGUUGUAAGUAAAAGAUUAUAAAUAAUCAA